CAUACGUCUCUGAUGAACCAUUCUCAGGGCAAGCUAUACAAACGCAUAUGUUGACACAACACUGUAGCACAAACUACUGAAUUUAAACUGUUUCGAAGUUCACCCGGAUACGUCGUUCGGCUUGCUUUCGUGAUUUCGCCGCCAAGAAACAGGAAGCUAAUGCCGUAAAAUGCCGGAAAUAAAAGUAACACCACUGGGUGCUGGACAGGAUGUUGGACGCAGUUGCAUCAUCGUCUCCAUCGGAGGCAAAAAUAUCAUGCUGGACUGUGGUAUGCACAUGGGAUUCAAUGAUGAUAGACGCUUCCCAGACUUCUCUUACAUCACCCAGAACGGACGCUUGACAGACUUUUUGGAUUGUGUGAUUAUCAGCCAUUUCCACUUAGAUCACUGCGGAGCUCUGCCCUACAUGAGCGAAAUGGUGGGCUACGACGGCCCCAUCUACAUGACCCACCCUACCAAAGCCAUCUGCCCAAUUCUGCUGGAGGAUUUCCGCAAGAUCACCGUUGACAAGAAGGGAGAGACUAACUUCUUCACCUCGCAGAUGAUCAAGGACUGCAUGAAGAAAGUGGUCCCUCUUAACCUCCACCAGACUGUACAGGUGGACGACGAGCUGGAGAUCAAAGCGUACUACGCCGGCCACGUUCUUGGCGCAGCCAUGGUGCUCAUCAAAGUGGGCUCAGAGUCUGUGGUCUACACCGGGGACUACAACAUGACACCUGAUCGACAUUUAGGCGCUGCAUGGAUCGACAAGUGCCGCCCAGACAUCCUCAUCUCAGAGUCCACGUAUGCCACCACCAUCCGCGACUCCAAGAGGUGCAGAGAGAGAGACUUCCUGAAGAAAGUGCACGAGAGCAUAGAAAGAGGAGGAAAAGUUCUUAUUCCAGUAUUUGCCCUCGGAAGAGCUCAGGAAUUGUGCAUCCUCCUGGAAACAUUUUGGGAGAGGAUGAACCUGAAAGCGCCCAUCUACUUCUCUACGGGGCUGACGGAGAAAGCCAACCACUACUACAAGCUCUUCAUCACAUGGACCAAUCAGAAGAUCAGGAAGACCUUUGUUCAGAGGAACAUGUUUGAAUUCAAGCACAUCAAAGCCUUCGACCGCUCCUAUGCUGACAACCCGGGGCCAAUGGUCGUGUUUGCCACACCCGGAAUGCUGCACGCCGGACAGUCCCUGCAGAUCUUCAAGAAGUGGGCCGGGAAUGAGAAGAACAUGGUCAUCAUGCCGGGGUACUGCGUCCAAGGAACCAUCGGACACAAGAUCCUGAAUGGACAGAGGAAGCUGGAGAUGGAAGGCAGAGCCACACUGGACGUGAAGCUGCAGGUGGAGUACAUGUCGUUCAGCGCCCACGCCGACGCCAAGGGCAUCAUGCAGCUCAUCCGCAUGGCCGAGCCUCGUAACAUGCUGCUGGUGCACGGCGAGGCGGUCAAGAUGGAGUUCCUCAAGGGAAAAAUCGAGCAGGAGUUCAGUAUCGAUUGCUACAUGCCGGCUAACGGUGAGACUGCCACGGUGACGACGAAUCCCAGGGUUCCAGUUGAUAUGUCGCUCAACCUUCUCAAGAGGGAAGUGGCUCUGGGAGGACCUUUACCAGAUCCCAAAAAGCCACGCAUCAUGCACGGAACACUCAUCAUGAAAGGCAACGGUCUCAAGUUGGUGUCGUCAGAACAAGCUUUGAAGGAGCUGGGACUGAACGAGCAUCAGCUGCGCUUCACAUGUCGCGUGCAGCUCCACGACUCUCACAGCGACCCGGACACGCUCCGACGGAUCUACACGCACCUCAAGAGCAUCUUAAAGGGUUAUGCCAUCCAGCACCUUCCUGAUGGCACAGUAAUGGUGGAGUCCAUCGUCAUCAAAGUGUCGUCCUCCCCCGACGACGCCAACACCAAAGUCAUCCUGCUGUCCUGGAGUUACCAGGAUGAAGAUCUUGGGAGCUUCCUUUCGACUUUGUUAAAAAAAGGCCUUCCGUCCGGACUUUAAACUUUAAAAUGUUGAGGCACACGGACUUUAGGUAGGCUACACACAGACAACAAAACGUCGAUGGGAUUCAUUGUGACACACACCAACACUUAACGAGGCACAGCAACAUAAUUAUGUGUUGCCAGGCAGGUUUCAAGGACAGGGGAGGUCAGCAGGAGCGUGUCGUCACACUUGAGACGAUAACCAUACUGCAAGUAUCAUGAGUUUAUUUAUGCACAUUCACUCAAUCAUUUGUCAGGCUUUUUUUUUUUUUACCUAAGCUGGAUGGCGGGCGGGGGGGUCACUGCCUCGUUUGCUCCCGAUUGCAAAACAGCCACUGAUAUUGUGACAAAGUGCAAAAGUCAAUGUACAAAGUCAGUCAUAAUGAUAAUAAACACAUUUUUUUAAUGAAAAUGAA